GGGGGCCCCGCCCUGGCCCCCACCCCUGAGGCGGGCUCCCCCGGGGCUGGCUUGGGGCAGAGCGGGCGGAGCGGGGGAAGCCCCCGGGCUGGCGCACGCCUGUCAUCCGAGGGCCCAGCAAGGCGCCAGGAGCCAUGGAGUUGCGGCCGGGGGGCUGCACGGCAGCGGUGGCUGCGGUCCUGCUCCUUGCGCUGCUGGGCGCCCAGGGCCAGGGCGGCACACCCAGUCCAAAGUGUGACUGUGCCUCCAACUUCCAGAAGAGGAGCGGUCUGUUCUGUUGCAAGGGCUGUCCAGCCGGGCACUACCUGAAGGCCCCCUGCCCAAAGCCUUGUGGUGCCUCUACCUGCCUCCCGUGCCCCCGCGGCACCUUCCUGGCCCGGGAGAACCACCAUGAGACCCGCUGUACCCGCUGCCAGGCCUGUGAUGAAGAGGUUUCCCAGGUGGCCCUGACGAACUGCUCAGCAGUGGCAGAUGCCCACUGUGGCUGUGACCCGGGCUGGUUCCCCGAGUGCUUGGUCAAGUCCUGCAGGGACGGCUCCCCCUUCCGCUGCCACCCGUGCUCAGACUGCAGGGCCCUGCACCGCCACACACGGGUGCCCUGUUCCGUCAGAGACACCGACUGUGGGACCUGCCUGCCUGGCUUCUAUGAAUAUGGCAACAGCUGUGUGUCCUGCCCCACGAGCACCCUCGGGAGCUGUCCUGAGCCCUGUGUGACUGUUUGUGGCUGGAGGCAGAUGUUCUGGGUGCAGGUGCUCCUGGCUGGCCUGGUGGUCCCACUCCUGCUCGGUGCCACCCUGACCUACACGUACCACCGCUGCCAGCCGUGCAAGCCCACGGUUCCUACAGAUGAAGCUGGGUUGGAGGCCCUGACUCCCCUGCAGGCCACCCACCACUCGCCCAGGGACAGCACCCUUCUAGCUCCAGCCAGCAGUAUCGAGAAGGUCCGUGCUACCCAUUUGGUAGGCAAUGGCCGGGCCCUUGGCUCCCCUCAGAUCCAGGAGGCGCCCUGCGCGGAGGUGACGUGGUCCUGGGACCAGCUGCGCAGCAGAGCCCUCGACCCGCCGCCGCCCACGCCCACGCCUUCGCCAGCGCCCCCUGCGGGCUCCGCGGCAGCCACGCUCCAGCCCGGCCCGCAGCUCUACGACGUGAUGGACGCGGUGCCCGCGCGGCGCUGGAAGGAGUUCGUGCGCACACUGGGGCUGCGCGAAGCGGAGAUCGAGGCCGUGGAGGUGGAGGUCGGCCGCUUCCGCGACCAGCAGUACGAGAUGCUCAAGCGCUGGCGUCAGCAACAGCCCGCCGGCUUGGGCGCCGUCUACGCGGCGCUGGAGCGCAUGGGGCUGGACGGCUGCGCCGAGGACCUGCGCAGCCGCCUGCAGCGCGGCCCGUGACGCGGGGGCGGGGGCCCACACCGGGCGCCUCUGGGCUCCGGCGGCCCUUGCAGAAGCCCUAAGUACGGUUACUUAUGCGUGUAGACAUCUUAUGUCACUUAAUAAGCUCCUGGCACGGCCCUGCGUAGCAGCGCCUGCCGCGCGCCCCCUGGGGUUGUGGUUGAGGCCAAGUGGCAUCGACAGAUAUCGGGAGGGGGCAGGAGAUGGCUCAGCAGUGUCUCGGCCCGACUUUGGCCGAGGCCUGGGUAUUAAAUCUGUGAAGAAAAGCUACUGCUUGGUGCUUCCGAGGGGCUGUGGUGUUAAGUGGCCCCGGCUUCGUUUCCUGGGGGGCGUCGUCGAAAGGCCCGGAAGUCUUAGCGCCCCUGGGUCGGGGACCCACGGUGGAACCCAGUGUGGCCCCUGGCGCCCGGGCCGCCCCCGCGC